AUGGCUCUGUUGUCUGCUCCCACUCGUCCUAAAGGCGCAUCUGGACCAGGCUUCAAUCGGGACGGCCCUCCAACUGGCCCCCGGGAAAGCAUGAGGCCCGGGUCUGGCCCUAUUCCUGGUCCUGGUCCUGGUCCUGGUCCUAGUUCGAUCCGACGGAGCAGCACUCACGCGCCACCACCGCAACAUCAUGGACACCCGCCGUCCGGUCCUCGCGGUGCAGGCGGUAGCCCUGCGCCUGGCCCUGGGCAUGAAGCAAGACCACGGCCACCAUUCAGACAUGGCAAUGGCACUUCUACGACUUACCCACGUACACAAAGAUUCACUAAUCAUCUAGCUGGGCUUCCUACUACCGUCCCUGGGGGCAAGUUACUGCCAUCGGGCCUGGAUCCCACUACUGAGAAGCGAUUGGCACAGCUAGAAGCCGAUAAAGAAAAACUUUUAGAGCAAAUUUCUGAAAAACAAAAAGCGAAGCGGGCGUCCCUUAGAGAAUGGGAUAAACUAAGCCGGGAGAGUGAGACCGGAGCGUUAAGGACUGACCUUGCGGACGGUCACCUCCAGAGGAUGUCCGAGACUGAGGGUAUCGGCGGCGGAGUCGCAUUUUAA